GCCAGGGCGACAGAGCGAGACUCUGUCUCAAAAACAAAAAAGAACUCUCAGGAGAUCGGGCUGGAGAAACGAGGCGGGAAGGAGUUUGGGCCUCGGCGGUCGCCGUAGAAAUAACGCUCGAUCCCCAUGGCAACAGCAAGAAGCAGCCAAAGGCUUCUGGGCGGAGCUGGCUCCACGGCCGAGGGGAGCCGGCGCGGCGCGGAAUCCGUGAAUUGCCCGGGCCACGCGGGUGCAGGUGAUGGGGCUGGGUCGACGGACAGAGCCGGGCUGUGGGGACAGCGGAGGGUGUGGCCUGGGCCGGGCUGGGGUCUGCGAUGCCGGCGCCGCCCUCGAAUCCCGGGACCGCCAACUCACACUGUCCGAACCAUAGAGCAACUGAGACCAGUUUUCCCCAAACUGGAAACGGGAGACGGAGGAGAGUGGGCACCCGGGUCUGACGGCCCAUCCCAGCCUCUGAGGCCCAGGACCUUCUCUCCCCUGCAGCUCCCGGACUGACUGGCGCCGCCCUGCCCCAUGGACGCCUCCUCUAGCCCAUGGAAUCCAACCCCGGCUCCCGUCAGCAGCCCUCACCUGCUGCUCCCCAUCCCUGCCAUCGUCUUCAUCGCUGUGGGCAUCUAUUUGUUGCUGCUGGGCCUAGUGCUGCUGGUUAGGCACUGCCUGCGGGUCCAGGGCUGCUGCACAGACUGCAGCUCCCCCUGCAGGAAGCAAGGUGCCUUCCAGCCUCAAGACUGUUGCUGGACCUGUGCAGAAGCCUGUGACUUCCCUUUGCCCAGCCCAGCCCACUGCCUGGAUGCCUGCUGCCCCCAGCCCACCGAAGCUGGUUGGGCACCUCGCUGCCCUCGCUGCUGCCCACUCUGCGACUGUGCCUGUGCGUGCCAACUUCCUGACUGCCAGAGCCUCAACUGUCUCUGCUUUGAGAUCAAGCUCCGAUGAGGAUCCAGGGUCCCUGCCCUUUGGGGAGCAGCCAGCCCCCAGGACCCACAUACCCUCAUCCCUAAGGGGCCUCAAGACACCUUUCUCCAGGGGCCGGGAGGCACUGCUCACCACAGACAGCAUUACCCGAGGAGCUUGGACCUUAAAUAUCAGGAUAUAUAGGGGUGCCCCAACCACAUCCCUGUCCAUGGACUCUUGGUUAUUUUAAGAGAUACCUGGCCAAGAUUUAUUUCUCUUGACAACCAAGGGCCUCAGUCUGGAUUUCCAAGGAAGAAAUUUCCUUUGAAGUACCGGAACUUGCUGUCACCAGCAUCAUGCCCUACCCACAUCCAGCGCUGACCCCGGAGCAGAAGAAGG